CUCUUUCAAUUCUUCUUCUCUUGCCUUUUCUUCCUUUGUUGUUCUUUAUCCAUCAUCAAGGUUUGAUAUCUAAAUUAGGGUGUAAAAAAUGGCAACAUCUGCUAGAAGAGCAUACGGAUUCGGGAGAGCUGACGAGGCAACUCAUCCGGACUCCAUUAGAGCCACAUUGGCUGAGUUUCUUUCCACUUUUGUCUUCGUCUUUGCUGGAGAAGGCUCCAUCCUCGCUCUAGACAAGUUGUAUUGGGACACCGCGGCUCACACAGGGACAAACACGCCGGGAGGGUUAGUUCUGGUGGCGUUAGCUCAUGCAUUGGCCCUAUUCGCAGCUGUUUCGGCGGCCAUCAAUGUCUCAGGUGGACACGUGAACCCGGCGGUCACUCUUGGUGCUCUGUUCGGAGGCAGGAUUUCGGUGAUCCGAGCAGUAUACUAUUGGAUUGCUCAGCUUCUUGGUGCUAUCCUCGCUUGUCUCUUGUUGAGGCUUGCAACUAAUGGCUCGAGACCAAUAGGUUACCAUGUAGCGUCUGGAGUUGGUGAGCUUCAUGGGCUACUGAUGGAGAUCAUACUUACAUUUGCCUUGGUUUAUGUUGUCUACUCAACCUCAAUCGAUCCAAAGAGAGGGAGUAUUGGGAUCAUAGCACCGCUAGCCAUCGGGCUCAUAUUCGGGGCAAACAUGUUGGUAGGAGGUCCAUUCGAUGGAGCAUCAAUGAAUCCGGCUAGAACCUUUGGUCCAGCAUUAGUGGGAUGGAGAUGGCAUAACCAUUGGAUCUACUGGGUUGGGCCCUUCAUUGGCGGUGCACUGGCCGCCCUUAUCUAUGAGUACAUGGUCAUCCCCAGCGUCAACGAGCCUCCUCACCACAGUACCCACCAACCAUUGGCUCCGGAAGAUUACUAGACCGGACUAAGCUUCAUGUUGGAAGGUUCUCUCUUUGUAUCAAGAAUCUCUGCUUUGCUUGUGUUGUGUUUCUCUUUGGUUUUUCUAGCAACUUCCUAUGUAUAAUUGAGUUCAGACGAGAAACUGUUUUCUUGUAUUGUACUUAUAUAAACAAUAAACAUUUCGCCACAAAUUGAUCAAUUAUCCGA